GAAACAGAAGAAGUGUUGUUUCACCGAGCCGGACACACGUGCACCUGAUCACCAUCUUCAUCAUCAUCAUCAUCAUCAUGAGCACGACAGUGUUUUGCACACAGGCUUCAUCACUUCAGUUCUCCAAAGAGCCCAAAUCUCAGGACGCGUUACACGGCCGCAGUGCCAUUCUGCGCUGUGAGGUCAGUGACCCGGCGGAUGUGCGGUACUCGUGGAUGCAGGACGGCCGGAGUGUGGAGGACUCGGACCGGCGCUUUCAGGAGGGCAGUAACCUGAAGUUCAUGGCGGUGGAUCGUCACUUCGACACGGGAAACUUUCAGUGCGUGUCCUCCAACAGUGCCACCGGAGAGAUGGUGACCUCCGCCAACGCCUCCUUCAACAUUAAAUGGCUGGAGAGGGGGCCGGUCACCAUGAAUGAACCCGCCUCAGAGGCGGAGCUAGAGGACGCUGAACGAAUCACACUGCAGUGUCACAUUGAUGGACAUCCACGGCCGAGCAGUAAAUGGUUUAAAGAUGGUGUUCAACUGGGAGGAAAGGAUCGAAUCCUGACGCUGACUGACCUCAGACCAGAGGAUUCUGGGAUUUACCUCUGCUGCGCUCGAAAUGCUGCUGGACAAGUGUGCAGUAACCAAAACAUCACGCUUAGUGUCAUCGAUAAGACUCUUCCUCGAGUGGUGGUGUCUCCAGAAGAUCAGGUGGUGUUGAGGAACGAGGAGGCCGUGUUUCACUGUCAGUUCAGAGCCAAACCGCCGCCGGAGCUCGAGUGGUUUCACGACACUGAACCUGUUGUCAACAAAUCAGGGGUUAUAGUGUACAGUAACGGCACCCUGCGCAUCACUCAGGUGAAGCAGCGCAGCACAGGCGUUUAUAAGUGUGUCGCUCCGUAUGGAGGAAACAAACAUGUACAGGUGGAGGCCGAGCUCAGAAUCGCAGAGAUCGAUGACAUGGGCGAGCGCAUGUCUCGGGUUUUCUCCGCUAACAGCAGGGAGAGGGUGACCUGUGAACCGCCCCGGGGUCAGCCGCUGCCGGAGGUGUGGUGGGAGCGUGCGGGUGAUCGCGUGUCGUCUGAGGGUCGUGUGUAUCAGCGGGACAGAGAUCUGAUCUUCAACCCGACCGAUAGAUCAGACUCGGGCGUUUACACGUGUGUCGCGCGGAAUAAAGCGGGACAGAAGGAACAGGAACUCAUCGUGACUGUCGCCACGUCUCCAGAAUGGAUCACAGAGCCGCAGGACACACACAUGGAGGAAGGUCACCCUGGAUACCUGCACUGUCACGCUCAGAGCACACCUGACCCACGGGUCACAUGGUACCGCAAAAACAUCCCGAUCAGUGAUGAGGGUUCUCGUUAUAAGCUCUUCUCUAACGGGACUCUGCGGAUCAACAGUGCUGAGGUGAAUGAUGCUCAGAUCUACAGCUGUGUGUGUGUGAGUGAAGGCGGCUCGCUCACCGGACGUGCUCGUGUUUAUAUACUGGAGAAGUUGAAGUUCACUCCCGUCCCGCAGCCGUCGCAGUGUUUACAGCUGGACAGAGAGAGCAGCGUCAACUGCAUCGCACAGGGACGAGAGACGCCCACGAUACACUGGAGCAGAACAGACGGCAGUGCUCUCUCGUCCCAUGCAAGUCAGGUGAACAGUGUUCUGAGGUUCAGGACAGUCACUCGUGCUGAUGCAGGAAACUACACGUGUGUCGCAUUUAACAGCAUGCAGGGAGAGAUCAGAGCAUAUGUGCAGCUCACUGUUGGAGUUCAUAUUAAGUUUAAGUUGGAGCCGGAGCAGACGACAGUGUAUCAGGGUCACACGGCGGUCUUUCACUGUCAGGCGUCAGGUGACCCGCCGCCCUUCAUCCAGUGGAUGAUCAAAGACAAACUGCUCAGCAGCAGCACUGGCAGGUUUCAGAAGAUGCCCAAUGGCUCUCUGGUCAUUAGUGAUGUCACCACUGAUGACACGGGCAUGUACACCUGUAUCGCAGGUAACAGCUGUAACAUCAGAGACUCUGCAGCACAACUGUAUGUUGUAGAGAAGCCCGUUCACCUGCAUGAUGGAGACGAGGAGAAGACUCAGUUUAAGAUGUUCCAGACGAUCGCUCUGUCUGUGGCGGUCGCUGUCGCUUACAUCAUCGCUGUGCUGGGACUCAUGUUCUAUUGCAAACAGAGACGCAAAGCCAAACGCCUGCAGAAGAGCCGCGGCGGAGAAGAACACGAGACGGAGUGUCUUAAUGGUGGCACUGUUCAUCACAAUGGUCAAACUACAGCACAGAUUCAGGAGGAAGUGGCUUUAACUAAUCUGACCUCAUCAACAGUUAGUGAGAAACAGCAGAACUGCCCUGAUAAACUGAACUUUCCCAGAAUGCACCUGCAGACUAUCACAACACUGGGUAAAGGUGUGUUCGGCGAGGUGUUUCUGGCUAAAGCGCGGUCUAUAGAGGAGGGUGAGGAGGAGACGGUGGUGGUGGUGAAGAGUUUACGGAGUCCAGAUGAAAGCGUCCAAUCAGAGUUCAGACGAGAGCUGGAGAUGUUCAGUAAAGUCCAUCACGCCCACAUCGUGCGACUGCUGGGACUCUGCCGAGAGACACAACCACAUUACAUGAUUCUGGAAUAUGUGGAUCUGGGGGAUCUCAAACAGUUUCUCAGGAUAUCAAAGAGUAACGAUGAGAAAAUCAAACCUCAUCCGAUCAGCACCAAAAGUAAAGUGUCUAUCUGUGCACAGGUGGCUGAUGGGAUGCAGCAUCUGUCAAAGCAGCGUUUUGUCCAUAAAGAUCUAGCGGCGAGGAACUGUCUCAUCAGCAGUCAGAGACACGUGAAGGUGUCGUCUCUCAGUCUCAGUAAAGAUGUUUAUAACAGUGAGUACUAUCACCACAGACAGGUGUGGAUUCCUCUGCGGUGGCUGCCAGCAGAGUCUGUGUUUGAGGAUGAUUUCUCCAGUAAGUCUGAUGUGUGGGCGUUCGGCGUGCUGAUGUGGGAAGUGUUCAGUGAGGGUGAGCUGCCGUACACAACUCUCAAUGAUGAAGACGUGCUGGAGGGUCUUCAGGCCAGUAAGUUGAGGUUGUCUCCUCCGGAGAACUGUCCUCCUCACAUCUUCAGUCUGAUGAGCCGCUGCUGGGCAUCCAGCCCGAAAGAACGUCCCACUUUCAGGGAGAUCGCCCAGACUCUGUCAGAGUUACCCACAGACACCAAAGUCUGAACCAUCAAUCUCUUACAAUCACAGACUCAUAGAGACUCAAAGCCAGACACGACAAUGUCCAUGACCGUGUGUGUGUGUGUGUGUGUGUGUGUGUGUGUGUGUGUGUGUGUGUGUGUAAAAGAGAGAGAGAGAGAAAGAGAGAGAGACAAUGCACUUGCUCAGAUCCAGGGACUUUCACCUGCCUUAAACAAGGUGUGAUCAAAUACGCUUGUGUCCCCAGAACAGUCUGUUUACAGUGUUGUUCUUGUUCGGCAGUGAACUUUACUUCCUGUCAGUGGAACCUCAGGAAGCUCUGGGUGUGAACUUUGACCUCUGCCAGCUCAGGACAAUCGCAGCUGUUUCAGGGGUACAAGCACAGGUACAAGCAGUACUUUACAUGCUGGAGUCUUGUGUCAAAGACUUGAACUUACACUUGUGCACAUAUGUAUGUAUGUAUGUGUGUGUGUGUUUGCUGAUAACCUUUUAAAUUAGUAGGUGUGUAAAUACACACUAAACACUUUUCACAGAGGAUUUAGUUCCUCUGUGUCUGAACAGCAGGUGCUGGUUUGUCUGUACACACCAAAAAGCAAAAUGCAGCACGACGCAGAGCCAAUCAGAAUCUGAUGUUUAAUAUGCAGCAUGUGCAGCAGGAUUUU